AUGGCCGACUACGUCUUGUUUGAAGAGGCCACGGGCUAUGCGCUUUUCAAAGUUGGUAUCAAGCCGGAAGAUAUUGGCUCGCGCCUGAAGGAGGUGCAGGAUGCCGCGACGGAUCUUGGCAAGUUCGGUAAGAUGGUCGAGCUUGUUUCGUUCACUCCUUUCAAAGGGGCCGCCCAGGCGCUUGAGAAUGCCAACGAUAUCUCUGAGGGUAUUGUGAAUGAGUACCUCAAGUCUUUUCUUGAGCUCAACUUGCCCAAGGCCUCCAAAAAGUCCAAAGUUUCUCUUGGUAUCUCAGACAAAAACCUGGGUCAGAGCAUCAAGGACUCUUUCCCCUAUGUUGACACUGUUUCCAACGAGGGUAUCCAGGAUCUGAUCCGCGGUAUUCGGUUGUUUGGCGACAAGCUUCUCAAGGGCCUUGAAGACGGCGAUUUGGAGCGUGCUCAGCUUGGUCUGGGCCAUGCCUAUUCUCGUUCGAAAGUCAAGUUCAGCGUGACCAAGAACGACAACCAUAUCAUCCAGGCUAUUGCUUUGCUUGAUCAGCUUGACAAGGAUAUUAAUAUUUAUGCUAUGCGUAUUAAGGAGUGGUACGGCUGGCACUUCCCUGAGCUCAAGAGCAUUGUUCCCGACAACCACGAUUUUGCUGCCUUGGUGUGCCUGAUCCGCAACAAAUCCACUCUUGACGAUGACAAGAAGCACGACAUUGCUGCACUUGUUAAUGAUGACGAGGCUGUGGCCGAGAACGUCAUUGCUGCUGCCAAGAUCUCCAUGGGUUCCGAUCUUAGCGAGACCGACAUGGAGUGUGUUGUUGAGCUUGCUGAGCGCGUCGUCGAGAUUACCGAGUUCCGUGCUCAACUCUACGCCUAUCUCACCGACAAGAUGCACACUGUUGCUCCUAACUUGUCCGAGCUCAUUGGUGAAAUGGUUGGUGCCCGCCUCAUCUCCCAUGCCGGUUCUCUCAUCAACUUGUCCAAGUACCCUGCCUCUACUGUCCAGAUUCUCGGCGCCGAGAAGGCUCUUUUCCGUGCCCUCAAGACCAAGGGCAAUACCCCCAAAUAUGGUCUCAUCUACCACUCGUCUUUCAUCAGCAAGGCGGGUGCCAAAAACAAGGGCCGGAUCUCAAGAUUCCUCGCCAACAAGUGCUCUAUUGCAUCGCGUAUUGACUCGUUCGCCAACGAGCCUACUAAUGUGUUUGGCCAAGUGCUCAAGCAGCAGAUGGAGGAGCGCCUGCAGUUCUUUGAGACGGGCAAGCCCCCUAUCAAGAACGUUGACGCCAUGAACGAUGCUCUGAGCCGCGUCAAGGUCCAAAUCGACCAAGAUGAGGAUGUCGAGAUGAUUGACGAGGAGCUCAGCGAGGAAGAGGAGAAGGAAAAGAAGGAAAAGAAGAAGGAAAAGAAAGACAAGAAGGACAAGAAGGACAAGAAAGAAAAGAAAGAAAAGAAGGAGAAAAAGCGCUCAUCCGAGGACGGCGAAGAGACUCCCAAAAAGAAGAAGAGCAAGAAAUAA